AUGCCCGACAUCAAUCCCGCGGACCUGAGCCGCCCCUCGAUCAGCCUCUCGACCCCCGUCCUCUCCAACAAGACCAUCACCGUCUCCUCCAGCCUCCAGAAGCCGAAGAGUCAGAUUAUCCCCGCGCGCAUAGAGCUGGAACCCGUAUAUGCCGCCCUCAAGGCCGCCAUCGGCAACGAGCAAUGGACCACCUACAAAGAAACACUUUCACAAUUCCUCAUUGGUCGACUGAACCAAUCCGAAUACUCGGAGCGUAUCGAUCCCAUAUUAGCCUCCCCCAAUGGUGAGAAGGAGCAUCUACACAACCAGCUCAUUGCUGCCCUCUAUGGCAAUGUCACGAGGGAGAUGCCGGACCAGGGCCUGGCCCCUUGGGUCAGCGCCAACGACAAACCGACCACCGGCACGGGGAGCAAGCCGGUCACUGGCGAUGCGGCCGAGAGGAGGCUCAAGGGCGAUGUUAUGCAACUCCCUAGUAGGGACAGGAGGCGUUUGAAGGAUCUCGCACAUAACGAUUUCGAUCCAUACGACACCCUGGCAAACGUCUUUACAGAUCAUCACAAGACAAGGGCAGCUCGGACUGCGGAUGCGCCCGCAAGUGCCGGUGGUCUUAACAGGAUGAACCUGGACAUCGAGGUCAGGAAACGGUUUGCUCAGCCUCUAGCUGUGGAGUCGGGCGAGUUUCCUGACAUCAGCAAUAUUGAAACGCGCAUGCUCUCGUUCUGCUAUGAGUCUGGUCUAGUAUCGGGCCACGCAUCAGAUGCCGCGCACUUCAUUUCUGUCGCGACCGACAAUUUCAUCAAAGAAGCGCUGGCCUCUGUGUUCAGCAGGACGCGGAGCAAUGGCCCUGGCGACUCUGGCAGCGCUGGAUUCGGCACCAACUCGCAGUGGGUCCAGACGCACAAGUACCGGAAGCAGCUGGCCAAGGAGGAAGAGGCGGCCAUGCGCGGCGAGAUCACGCGGGAUAAGAGCGGCCUGCUCCCUGUUGAGGCCAAGGCUGCGAGCGAGCGCGGGCCCCUGGGCGUGACGGACCUCAGGCUGGCCCUCGAGAUGGGCGACUGCGGCAUGGGCCACUUCCCCAUCCUCGCCGAUACCAUCGCCCACGGGUACCGGGAAGGCGAAUUGGAGAACUGGGAAGACUAUACCUUCUUGGACGAAAGGGAACCGCCUAGUACAGAGGCCAAGAAAGAGCCGACAGCACCAACCAAGGGGGCGGACGCGCCCGCUGCACUCCCGAACGGCGUGGAUCAUAACGAUGAAAUGGACGUCGACGAAGAGAUUUGGUGGGAAGGCGCCGAGGCUGCCGACGGAGACGCACUCGAUGCGGUGCUCGAGUCUUGCCUGGCCGUCAGCUAG